UUUAGGCAACAAGUUUGAUUCAAUAACCCACCCGUUGCAUAAAACAAUACGAGCGUGUUGGUUUUUAACCAAAACUGAGAAUCAAUAAAAAAUGUGCAAAGUAAAAACCCAUUUUGGGGGAAACUUUACUAAGCGUGCAAAUGAGCGGUAAACGUCACUGCAGUUUCCGCACAAUAGUCAAGUGUGGUGCUCGAAACCGGACGCACCAGAACAGUGCUCGUCGGGCUAAAAGCCUUUUAAAGGUGACGGAUCCGGAUAGUGCGGAGAACGGAUAUUCUCAGGCUCAGGCCACAAAGGCACGGACAACAAAUCCGAGGCACGUGCCAAGAUCCCAAACAAGACCGGACCAGCACCAGCAACAUCAGGUCGGAAGAAACGAAGCCACGAGGAAAGUCAACUCGAAAAGGGUCGCCCAAAGCGUGAGUUUCUAUGAAAAUCAAGGUGGCAAAAUACCUAACGAGAUUUUUCUUCAGGGCCCUUUUUUGGUUCCGGCAUAUUUUGCUCCACAUCUCGGCACGUGUUCAUGUUGCUGCGCACCCAUUGGUAUCGGCUCCAACCUUUUUUCUUUCCGGCACAAAACGAGCUCCGAACUCUUCCGAAACUGCACGGCACAGACAGCGCCAUCUGUGUUUUCAACCACAUACUAGACGGAAAUUUUUUUUUAACUUCGUUUCGUCCACGGUCCGGAUCACAGCAUUGUCCAUCGAAACACAGGAUCGAAUCGCCGCCCAUCCUCUGUCGAAUGAGCCAUUCCUGGCUUGGAUCACGCGCUAGGGUCGAGACUUUUGAUCGCGGUAAGAUGAAGCCAUUGACGAGAACGAUUGUCGCGACGUUGGAACAGCACUGGACUGACACCCACCGUCUGCAUCCGGGGAAGGAGAACUCGGGAUUUUUGCUCCGCAUCCACAUGGACAGCAGGCGCGGCACACCUGAUGUACCAGCUGUUUCACCGAAAAGCCAACAGAAGCGGCGAUCGUGGCACAGAUGGCCACUCCAUCAUCGCCGGCUUCGGAGCCAGCAGCUGUUGAACGUGAGCCGUAAGUGAAAAUUUUACGCUACUACACUCCAACCAAAAAUGACCGGAGUAAUCGGGCGAUGGGUGGGAGAUAAUAAAA